GCCCCUAGAUGGCCGGCCAUCUCUCUGAAAAUAUGUCUAAGCCUUUCGCUUUAGCACAAUGUUCUCAUUACUUCGAAUCCUUUUUUUCACAGUAUCCUCCUCUUUUCGAGCACUAUGGUAUCCUUUCAAGGUUAUAUUUGGUUCGAUAUCCAAGGCCUUGCAUGGCCGGACAUGCCGGAGUGAUACUGAAGCGCUGGACAUAUCUUCACCACCCACUUCAAAAAUUGAUGGCACGACUGUAAAUGCAGGUGAUUCAAAUUCUAUGUCCCACGUUGAGAUUAUCGAAGUGCGUCGAUAUUAUCCUCCAGGGGUUUCAGAGAUCAUCGGUCGUGGUGGCGAGUGCUUCAUUGGUGCCAUCAACGAUUCUACCGUUCUGAAAUACCCAUGCAUCCCUGGCAACCAUGAAAGCAUUCAUAUAGAAGCCCAGAUUCUUGAUGUCCUCGGAAGUCACCCCCGAAUCAUCGCUUCAAAAGGCCUGACGGAAUAUGGCCUUAUUCUACAGCGUGCCUCAAACGGUUCGUUGAGCGACUACAUCACAUCAGGAUCCUUUAUACCUUCUCACCGGAGAUUACUUUGGUGCAAACAAGCUGCUGAAGCAGUGAGUUACAUACAUAGCAAACAUGUCAUUCACUGUGACAUAAACCUUCGGAACUUUCUGCUUGACAAGGAUUUUGAUCUACUGCUUGCAGACUUCCAGGGGAUGCUGAAGUCGGUUAAUGGCAAAACACUACUGGACGGGCUCUCUCGGGAGUGUUCAAAGUCAUACAUGCCUCGUUGUCACGGGGACUAUGCAUGUGUGAAGACUGAUCUCUUUGCGCUUGGUUCUGCUAUCUAUUUCAUCAUGACCGGACAUGAAGUUUUUCCAGAGCUUGAUAGCUUGGAUGAUGAUGAAGAGAUAUUAUCUCGCUUCCAAAAUGGACUGUUUCCGAUUGACAAGCAUGCUUGUUACGACAUUACGGAUAAAUGUUGGAGGCAGCAGUACCAGUCGGCUGAUGAUGUUGCUUCUGAUCUAUCUCUAAUUCAAGCAUCCAAGAGGGUUGCUGAAUAGUUGAAAACAGCGAGAGACAAUAUAUUUCAAAAUACGCAGGAUUGCUUCACAGCUGUACCCUUAAUUUCCAUUCAUUCUCCCUUCACCUCAUAAAACGCGAGCCGGAUUUCAUGUAAGACAUGUUAUACCGCCAUGUUCGAACCUCAGCACUUAGGGCAUAUUCCUCCUUUUUUGGUUGAUUGACCCAUAUGCUUAUCCUUGUAUCCACCACAGUGCGACUUGCCACAGGGCGGCUGAGGAUCGUAGGUUAUAAUGAUGUGUUUUGGUUGUGCAGUGCAGUUCACAAAUUUGGUGGUAUAGAUGAAUCGAAUACACAUCUUGAUCUUCGAGAGGGUAUUUCACGAAUGCUUGUCUAAAAGUAGUUAGACUAGGGCGAAAGAUUUGAUGCAAUGGUAAAGAAAUUCUUAGCUUACUUGAUGUACGUAUGUCGUACUAUUUAUUUAUCGGUGAGACUGUUGUGGGAAUACAAAGAAUUAG